CUGCCAACCAUUUUUCCUCACUCCUCUGCUUCACAAUCACAUUUAUCUCUCCCGUGUUGCUGCAGCAGCUAGCCCCCUCUUUUGUUGUCCCCAUAAUAUCAAAAUUAAUUCCCUUUAGUAUAAGGAAAGGAAAAUGGCUCUCAUUGGGUUUCUCUUGGUUAGUUUUCUUACUAUGUUCUCCUCAGCUUACGCCAAUGGUGGAGCAGGAUGGACCAAUGCUCAUGCUACCUUCUAUGGCGGGGGUGAUGCAUCAGGGACAAUGGGUGGGGCUUGUGGAUAUGGAAACCUCUAUAGCCAGGGGUACGGAACAACCACUGCUGCUUUGAGCACUGCACUUUUCAACAAUGGCUUGAGCUGUGGCUCUUGCUAUGAGAUUAAGUGUGUGAAUGACCAGAAAUGGUGCCUCCCUGGCUCCAUUGUGGUCACUGCCACUAAUUUCUGCCCUCCAAACAAUGCAUUGCCAAACAAUGCAGGUGGGUGGUGCAACCCUCCUCUUCACCACUUUGAUCUAGCUCAGCCUGUGUUCCUCCGCAUUGCUCAAUACAAAGCUGGAAUAGUCCCUGUCGCUUACAGGAGGGUGGCAUGCAGGAGAAGAGGAGGAAUAAGGUUCACUAUUAAUGGUCAUUCCUACUUCAACCUAGUACUAAUCACAAACGUUGGUGGUGCUGGUGAUGUUCAUUCUGUGUCCAUCAAGGGUUCAAAAACCGGUUGGAUGCCAAUGUCAAGAAACUGGGGACAAAACUGGCAGAGCAACAACUACCUCAAUGGCCAAAGCCUCUCAUUCAAGGUCACUACAAGUGAUGGCCGUACAGUGGUCUCUAACAAUGUUGCCCCAGCUGGUUGGACCUUUGGCCAAACCUACACUGGUGCUCAAUUCCACUAGGGUCCUUAUGGUCAAAAGUCCAACUCAAAUUUUUACAUAUAUACAUACGUAGUAUGUGACCUAAAAUAGUAUACUAGGGUAUUAGAUAGUAUGCUACUAGUAAUAGUCAUGGGGUCAAGCCUCUGGUCUUUUUAAAAUUUGGCUUUCUAGGGUUUUGAGAAGGGCUUAUUUUAAAAUGGUCCUUCAAUUUUUAAGUUUUUAUCUUGUGUUAUGGAGAAGUUGGGGGGACCCUCUUGUUAAAUUGGCCCUUCACUUUUCGGAAAAGCUUUUUGUGAACCUUCCUGCUACUAAAUAGAAGCUAGCAGGGGGUGGAACUUUCUUUUUAAUAUUUUUAUUAUGGGUGAACAACUACUAAAUUGGAAGAGGUGGAUUCUAUUAUGGUUACCACCCGCCAUUAGUAGUGGGGUUACUUUUUCCGCUUUAUUGGGCGUGUUGUGAGCAUUGUUUGCUCUUGGAGUAUGUCUAGUUUUAUGGGAGAAUAUUGUAGUGUAAAUUUUCCUAAUGGAAAGUUUCUGUUAUUAACUACUCCUUUGUAUUUUA